AUGUCUCGAGUGCAAAAAUCUGAAACUAAACCCUCCACUCGUAGCGAUGCUUUCAAAUUUGAUAAUAUUCCCACUCGAUAUAGAAAACAGUUUUUCAAAUAUCUUACUGAUUACGUGUUGCGGGAUCAGAACAAUGUUCUUCUACUUCAACAGGCUCUUAAUGCAUAUUAUGCACAAACACAUUUACACGACGAAAGCUCUUUCACUUCCAUGAAUGAUAUGUUCAAUAGCAAGGACUUUUGGGAAUACUUUAUUAGCACGUACUUUAUUCAAAAUGAAUACUUAAAAUUGUUGCUAAGGAAGUAUCAGAGAAAGAACAUUCAUACAGAAAAUGAUAUUAUUUUGAGAGCUACAAUGGGAAAUUUGUACCAUCCAGAACAAAUAACCUCCGUCCGAACAUUUCAUUCAGAUGUUGACAUUAUCAACCUCAAAAAUUUAAUGUAUAACAUCAAUUUAAAUUAUGAGAAAAGGGAUGACCCCAAUAAUAAUCAAAAGAUGCAAUCAAAAGAUCAUCAAUCUUUCAAUACAGAGUCUUUCAACAAAUUCGUAUCAAAAUGGAAACAGUAUUCCACUCCAUCUAGGUAUAGAAGCCUGUACAAAUUGGUAGAUGAUAUUUAUUUAAAGCUGGAAGCUAAACUGGAUAGAUACAAUACCAUGUUCCAUCAUGACACUCUCACGUUUCUUUCCAAGAGACAGAAAAAGAUGAAAGAAGAAAAGAAGCAAGUUUGUUCCAUCCUAAUUCACUUAAUAUAUCAAAAUUACGUUGAAGGAAAAGAGGACAUUUCUUCCCUUAAACAGACGAUAAAAAAACGACUCAACCACGAGUUCAUUGCGAACGCUUCCCAAACUCUCCAAUUUUUGAUGAACAACUCAUUGGAGCAGCUAGUUAUUAGUAUUUUGAAAUUGGAGGAACUUAAGAAUGCACAACACAAAAGAAAAACAGAGGAAGAACAGUUCCCAGUUCCUUCAAUAUCUCCCUUACUUCUUAAUUAUUCCAACGAGAAUUUAAUGAGCAUGACAAUGAGAGCAAACAAAGAAUUUCUCAGCCAGCAACUAAAGCCCAUAAUCCAAAGACAGCAUUUACAAGAAUGCAUUGACCAAAUGUUGAAAGAACACCUUACACAUUCGUUGAGAUUUGCUGAUCCCUUUAUCUAUGACAUUCACAAAAACCUACAUGAAUCACAAUAA